ACACCAAACUAAAACUAAUUUUCCUCCGCUUCCAAGAUUUUCCCUCGGUUUCGGACCAUAUACUGAAUUCCUUUUCUUAUCCGAUAAAAUUUCAGUUCGAAUCCAUCUUUUUGUGUGUGAAUGUGUUUAGAACAGAUUGCAUUUGGAAUUCUUCAACAUUCUUGUACUUUGUGAUUGCUUUGAAUUACACCAUAUUUUUCUUUUGUUUUUAUGCUUUUUUAGUUUGUUUUUCUGUUUUCGUUCUGAUCUCCUCGAAAUUUUCUUCCUGGGGUUCUUCAAUCGAUUUCUGGUCGAUGAAUCCGCUGCGAGAACGGUAGUGUGUUUAUUGGUCGAUUAUUCAUUGUUGCGACACUUCGGGAUAGGUCGGGGACUUUAGGUUGGUAUGAUUUUUAAGAGUCCGUUAGGGUUUUGCAUUGUUGUGUAGAGAGAAUUGGUUUGACGAAGUUAAAAACCUUAAUCGUUGUUUUUAAGCCAUUGCUGCGUUCCGGGGUGCAAAUUUGAUAAUGAAUCAAGGCGGCAAUACUGAAACCGUAGCUCCAGCGCUACCCAGUUCGCUCGAGAACCAACACUUUGGUGACAUUAAUCAAUCAGCAUCGACAUCAACAUAUCUUUCUUUGACAUCAGCUCCAGAAGCCAUAUCAUGGGCUACACACAAGGUGAAUGGCAGUUCCAAUGAGAAUGGGCCGCUCCCAAAUUCCACUUUUCAAUAUAAUCAACCAGCGGUCCCACCUGCAAGAAAUGUGCAAGAUGGUCUAAAUGUGUCUUCUGUUGCUUGUAGUUCAUCAAGUUUUGUGACAUCAAAUUCAACGCAAGAUUACAAUGCCUAUGCACCAUAUUCCAAUUCUGCCGAUCCUUAUGGUUGUGCAAAUGCUGGUUAUCAAGGUUACUACAACAACUAUCAACAGCAACCAAACCAUUCUUAUUCACAGCCUGUAGGAGCCUAUCAAAACACAGGUGCUCCUUAUCAGCCCCUUUCCUCAUUUCAGAAUACAGAGUUUUAUGCUGGGUCUACAAGUUAUUCAACCACUUACUACAAUCCUGGUGAUUAUCAGACAGCUGGAGGCUAUCAAACUAGCAGCUUCAGCAAUCAGACAACCUCAUGGAGUGGUGGCAGUUAUGGAAACUAUGUUCCUAAUCAAUAUGCUCAGUAUACACCUGAUUCAAGUGGAGCUUACAGUUCCAGUUCUACAAAUGCAAAUUCUCUACAGUAUCAACAGCACUACAAGCAAUGGGCCAAUUACUACAGUCAAACAGAAGUCAGCUGUGCCCCUGGGACUGAAAAACUGCCCACUCCGGGUACUGCUAAUGUAGGGUAUCUGGUUCAUGGUUCAACUAGCUAUCCUGCACCUCACAGCCAACCUACACCUUCAUAUACUCCCUCAUGGAGGCCAGAAUCUGGUUCAACUGAACUGGUUUCUGCUCAGCAUGGUGCUGUAAAUAGUGGUAAUCAUGAUGGUUACUGGAAGCAUGGGGCUCCAAAUUCUCAGGUGCACCUUACUAAUGCUAGCCAACCUCACUUUGAAAAGCCUCUAGAUUUAAAAACUUCUUAUGAUAGCUUUCAGGAUCAACAGAAGCCUCCAGGUCCCCAGGGGCCCAAUUUGCAUUCUCAAGCACAUUUGUCUCCCCAGAGCUAUCAGGUACCCUCACAAUCUAUUCCACCUUUGGAAGCUAGAAAGACCAAGCUGCAGAUUCCAACAAAUCCUAGGAUUGCUUCCAAUUUGAGCAUACUAAAAGCGAGUAAGGAUAGCUCCACAGUUGAUGCUGCUCUACAACCUUCUUACAUCAGUGUUUCGAUGCUGAAGCCAAAUGAAAAAGAAUUGUCUAAUGAUACUACCGAGUCCGUCCUGAAGCCUGGAAUGUUCCCUAAAUCAUUGCGUGGUUAUGUAGAGAGGGCUUUGGCUCGAUGUAAAGACGAGAAGCUGAUGACAUCUUGUCAAUCAGUUCUAAAGGAGAUGAUCACGAAGGCUACUGUUGAUGGCACGCUUUAUACAAAAGACUGGGAUAUGGAGCCUCUAUUUCCAUUGCCAAGUGCAGAUGCAGUUAAUACAGACAAUUUACAGGGUUCAAAUCCGCUUUGUUUAUUGUCAAAGAUCAAAAGAAGCCCAAGUAGAAGAUCCAAGAGUAGAUGGGAGCCUUUACCAGUGGAAAAACCAGCUAACGCAACUCCUCCUUAUAGUAAUGGUACUGCUGCUAAGUAUGAUGGCUGGGCCAAUGUUAGCGAAAGGGACAAAAAGACUUUAUCUGGGACAGAGGGUAAGUAUGUGGGCAAUUCAAGAUUUCCUCUCUGGGAUCAGAGGACUGUGAGCAAGAUUUCCCAAGGACCAGCAAAGAAGCAGCGUGUUCAUGAUGGGAGUGCACCUGAUAAUGAUGGGGCAUACAGUGAUAGUGAUAAGGAGCAAAGCUUGACAGCAUACUACUCUGGGGCCAUGGCGCUUGCAAAUUUGCCUGAAGAAAAAAAGAAACGGGAAAACCGAUCAAAGCGUUUUGAAAAAGGGCAUGGCCGUCGUGGAGAAAAUAAUAACUUCAAACCUAAAAGUGCUGGAAUUGAAAACUUGUAUACUCGAAGGGCUAGUGCCUUGGUUGCAAAAAAUUUAGAAAACGGUGGCAGCAGAGCUGUUGAAGACAUGGACUGGGAUGCUCUUACCAUUAAAGGGACUUGCCAGGAAAUUGAGAAACGUUAUCUUCGUCUUACAUCUGCUCCUGACCCUAACAGUGUAAGACCAGAAGAAGUUCUGGAAAAAGCUCUUAACAUGGUUCAAAUGUCUCAAAAGAAUUAUCUAUAUAAAUGUGACCAAUUGAAAUCCAUUCGUCAGGAUCUAACUGUACAGAGAAUUCGCAAUCAACUAACAGCCAAGGUAUAUGAGACUCAUGCUCGAUUAGCCUUGGAAUUUGGGGACCUGCCCGAGUAUAAUCAGUGCCAGUCACAGCUGAAGACUCUAUAUGCCGAUGGAAUUGAGGGAUGUCACAUGGAAUUUGCUGCUUAUAACUUACUCUGUGCGAUCUUGCACUCUAACAACAAAAAAGAUCUUUUAUCAUUGAUGUCAAGGUUGUCAGAUCAAGCAAAAAAAGAUGUAUCUGUGAAUCACGCUCUUGCAGUUCGUGCUGCUGUCACCUCUGGCAACUACGUCAAAUUCUUCAGAUUGCACAAAGCAGCUCCCAACUUAAAUGCAUGUCUGAUGGAUCUUUAUGCAGAAAAAAUGCGUUACAAGGCUGUUAAUUGCAUGUCUCGGUCAUAUCGCCCUUCUCUACCUGUUCCUUACAUUGCUCAGGUCUUGGGCUUUUCUACUUCAUCAGGAAAUGAAGUUAGGGACAGGGAAGUAGAUGUAUUGGAAGAAUGCACGGAAUGGUUGAAAGGGCAUGGAGCUUGCCUCAUAACAGAUAGCAAUGGAGAGAUGCAACUUGAUACAAAAGCUUCAUCCACAACUCUCUAUAUGCCAGAGCCCGAAGACGCAGUGGCUCAUGGAGAUGCAAAUCUUGAUGUGAACGACUUUUUUACACGAACACCCUCAUAAAGGAAGAGAAAGUAGUUGCAUCCCUAUUAUUCCUAGCUUGUCUCAGAGAGACCGGCCUGUUUUACUGGCCUCAAUUAGCUGCUGAUGUACAAAACAAAGGACGCUUCAUACUAACCGAACUUUCGGAGGAAGGUUACAUCAUUCCCUUCUCAGAUCUGUAACAAUGUAGAAGAUGAACAGGUACAGCAUUAAGAUUUGAGUGAAAUGAUCAAAUAUAUGCCUUAAAUGGGAGAGGAGCUAAAAACACCAUGUAGCAGAGAAUAGCAUUCUGUUCAGCAAUCAUCAUGACUGUUCAUUAUUUAUUGAUAUUAGCAAAGAUGGAUAGAAAUAAAAGUAAAUUGUAUUUUUGUAUGUA